AUUCGGAUAACGAUGGCCGUUAGUACUUCGCGUGUGGAGGAGUUAAUUAAUUAUUUUAAGUCACACAAUAAAAUUCGAGAACAACAGAGCCAUUCGGCGAAAGUACACAGCGUAGGAUGGAGUUGCGACGGCAAAUACUUAGCUUCGGGCUCCUUCGACAAGUCCGUUUGUAUAUUCUCGCUGUGCCCGGAUCGUUUGAAGCAGGAAACGACUUUCAGAGGACAUGGUGGUAGCGUAGACCAGUUGUGCUGGCAUGCUUUUUGUCCAGAAUUAUUAUCUACUGCAAGUGGAGAUAAGACAGUUCGCAUCUGGGAUACAAGAACACAAAAGUGUACAGCGAAUAUUAGCACUAGAGGAGAAAAUAUUAAUAUAUCAUGGUCGCCAGAUGGUAACACGAUUGCUGUAGGAAAUAAGGAAGACUUGGUCACAUUCAUCGAUGCCCGAGUGAUGAAAAUACGUGCGGAAGAGCAGUUUAACUUCGAGGUAAACGAGAUCUCGUGGAAUAAGGAUUCAGAUACGUUUUAUCUGACAAACGGCCAGGGUUGCGUGCAUAUACUUAGCUAUCCCGAGCUGGAGUUGUUGCAUGUGAUCAAGGCGCAUCCAGGUACUUGUAUCUGCAUUGAGUUUGAUCCAACCGGCCGAUAUUUCGCCACUGGAUCCGCAGAUGCACUGGUUUCUCUGUGGGAUGCCGACGAGUUGUGUUGCUUGAGGACGUUCUCGCGGCUAGAGUGGCCAGUUAGGACUAUCUCUUUCUCAUAUGAUGGACAACUCCUGGCAGCGGCUUCCGAGGACUUAGUCAUAGAUAUCGGUGAAGUGCAAACUGGCGAGAAAAUUGCUGAUGUUCCAGUAGAAGCAGCAACAUUCACUGUUGCAUGGCAUCCAAAACAAUAUCUCUUAGCUUAUGCGUGUGACGAUAAGGACUCUUACGAUCGGAAACGCGAUGCCGGUAGUUUAAAGGUAUUUGGUUUUGCAAAUGAUUGAAUUUCAUUGUUUUGUAUCUUUUGUUUUGG